AUGAUUAUUAGCCAGCCAGAAAGGUAUGAUAAGUUGGUUGUUUUUGACAUAUCCACGACACCAAAAACUACUAUACAAUCUCUUACACCUAUAAUAGAUCUAAUGUCUUCUGUGGAUUUGAAAGUUUUGGGACACAAAAACAGUGGGAAUAUAGUAAUGGUCCGAAACUCAUUAAUGAAAGAAUGGUAUAAAACAGUCCCAAAUCCUACAAUGCGCGCGUUUCUUCUAACAAAUCUUGGAGAAAAAGAUGGAGAGAUAUUUUGGAAGGUGAAUCUCAAGGCAAUUAAGAGCUGUUGGAAUCAGAUAACAGACUUUCCUGAGGAAUUGAGUGGUUGUGUUUUCGAUCAACCUGUGUUGUUUGUUGCAGCAAGCGAUGGAAAGUAUUUAGGACAAUCAGAUUUACCAGCUGUACGCGAGUAUUUCCCUCAAGCAAAAAUUGUUCAGGUUGCUAAUACUAGUCAUUGGGUUCACUUUGACGCUCCAAAUACAGUAAUCAACUUGAUUACAUCUUUCAUGUUAGAUAAAUCAUUUGAUCCUACCUCAUUUGCAGAUGUUAAAGAGAUUAAAUAA